AUGAUAAGUGAAGCCUUCCCACUGCAUGGAAUGAAGGCAAGUGAUGUACAUGGAACACAUCGACCAAGUCGCCCGCCGCAUCUCAAUACUCAACAAUCUUACUCAACAUCUCCGCAGUGGACACCGACAUCAUCGCAUCACAAUUCCCCUCACUCUGGGUCACCGUUCAGUCAGGGUCGAGGUGGAUGGGGAGGCCAACAGCAGCAAUAUCAUGGGCAGGCAGGUGUGAAUGGGUAUUCACCUCCAUACCGGCAAGGGAGUUACCCCCCUCAACAAAGUCCUCAAGGGCAUUACUACGCCAACGGCCAGCAAAGUCCUUAUGGUGGGUCCCAGCAAUUCCAACAUGCUUAUCAGAACCAGCCUUUUCGAGGCGGUAAUGCAGGCUAUCGUGGUAGUUACCCUCAAAAUCCAGAUCGCAGAUUCUCUGGCUCGGGUCCCCCUCCUUCAAACCCGAACUAUGCUCCCACUCCCACCCGAGGGAGAGGAGGACACUUCCAAAAUCUUCAGUGGACUGCAGGCAAUGCAAGUACUGACGGUCGGGGCGGCGGUCAAUUUAAUCAGCAAUCCUCUUCAGGGCACUCGCAGACUUCUCCUCAUCCGCAACCAGCCACAGGUCAACCGAGUGACGACGACAACCCAUUUCGACCUUCGAAAAAUUUACAGAUUGAGGAUCAGAGCGAGAAAGACACAAAGAUGCCACCGCCGUCAAGACAGGAAUCCGAUUCUUCGCCUAAACAAGAGUCCAAGUUCAGCUUUGCUUUCAAAGCUAAACCUGGAACUACAGCACCUGCUAAGCCACCAACUGAUUUAACCCAGAAGAUAAAAGAGCCAAUCAAAAAGGAAAACCUGCUGGACUCCUUAAAGACUAAGCCCAGCUCGUAUCCUGCUCUUGGUCAACUUGAGCGUGACAGGCGGGAUGAGCGAAGAGAGCGUGAUUACGAAGAUGAGCGUCGUGACCAUCGCGACUACCGUGAUCAGCGGCGAGGGGACCACCGUAGUGAUAGACGACCUGAGCGGGAUCAGAAACGAGAGCGUGCGCGUGAGCGAUCUCCCGAAAUUCUAAAGCAAAAGAAGAUCAUGAAGCGUAUGAAACCGCGGCCAACACUUCCAACUGAUUUUGCUACCUCGACAUCAGUCUACUAUCGAAAGCCCGGCAACGAGUCAGUGGUAGGGUCCGGGACCUACGGCAAAGUCUUCAAGGCUAUCCAUGUCUAUACGAAGAAUCUCGCGGCUCUGAAGAAGAUUCGGAUGGAUGGUGAGAAGGACGGCUUCCCCGUCACUGCAGUGCGUGAGAUCAAGCUUCUGCAGUCUCUGAAGCAUGAAAACGUUGUUUCUCUGCAAGAGGUGAUGGUAGAGCAUAAUGACUGCUUCAUGGUGUUCGAGUACUUGUCUCAUGACCUGACUGGUCUUCUCAACCAUCCUACCUUCAAGCUCGAGCAUGCACACAAAAAGCAUCUUGGCCGGCAACUCUUUGAGGGGCUCAAUUACCUUCAUCGCCGCGGGGUGCUCCAUCGCGAUAUCAAAGCAGCCAAUAUUCUCGUUAGUAGCACUGGACAGCUCAAGCUGGCCGAUUUUGGACUCGCGCGGUUCUUCGCCAAGCGUGGCAAGCCUGAUUAUACCAAUCGUGUCAUCACCAUAUGGUAUCGGUCACCUGAGCUUCUCCUUGGCGAGACACAGUACGGUCCCGCUGUUGAUAUUUGGAGUGCUGCUUGCGUCAUGAUCGAAAUCUUUACGCGGCACGCCAUCUUUCCCGGCGAUGGUGGAGAGAUCAAUCAACUCGACAAGAUCUACAAUGUCUUGGGUACACCUACAAGAUCCGAGUGGCCAGGCUUGGUUGACAUGGCGUGGUUUGAGCUGCUAAGACCCACCGAACGAAAGCCAAAUACUUUUUCAGAAAAGUAUCAGGAGAGACUCACUCCUGACGCUUUUGAGCUGCUUCAAGAAAUGUUCAUGUACGAUCCUGCAAAGAGACCAACAGCCGGCGACGUGCUGGAGCAUCCGUAUUUCACCACGGAGGAGCCAGCACCAAGGCAGGCCAUUGAACUCAAGGAUCUAGAAGGAGACUGGCACGAGUUCGAAUCUAAAGCCCUCCGAAAAGAGAAUGAGCGCAAAAACCAGGAGGCGAGACGCGCUGUGAGGAUGGAAGAGCACGAGAGGGAGAAAGCAAAGAGGCGAGCAAGUGGCUCUGCGACGACUGAAAGGGAGCCGAAACGGGUGAGGCCAAGCUCGAGUCAGGGCUAG